AUGGAACCACAUAAAUCGCCUCAAGGAACAAAGGGAUCCAGAAAGUCAACGCACGAGGAGCUCUUGGCCGCCUCACAUGCUGUUGAACAGGAGAUCAAUGCCGUGAAAGCUCUGAAACGGCUCUCUAUCGGCAACAGUCUGAGCUACGACCCAGACCUGCCGUACAGCGAGUCCGAGAAACUAGACUUCGAUAUAAUAGACAUACACAACGAUAAGGAGAACGAAACACCGAAAGACGAUGAACUGGAUCAGGAUCACAUACUGCCGGAGGCCAACAAGUUCAUGUGGGUGCCGGCCACGGCACAUCCACAGCUAGCUCCGGAGAAAUUCCGGAAACAUGUUCAGGCCACAGUCGACGAGAUCACGUCCAAGCUCCAACGUUCCGCGUCCUCGCGUUCUUCUCUUUCUCAUGAGACCCGUGACUCUCAGUCCGGCCUGGAAAAGCCUGCAGAGCCCAACAGAGCAGACACCGGAUUCCACAGGAAGCCGUCCAUCAAGCAGCUCACGAAGGAGUUGGAGUCGCUUUCUCAGAUGGCCGGUCUUGAUGAUACGGACGCAGUCACCCUUGCGCGGACGCUUUCGUCGUCCUCAUGGAGAUUCAAAGAAAACAUUGACUCUGUUUCCUCACUUUCACGUAAGUCAUCUGCAUCCAGUGUUGACUCGGAGCUAGACUUGCCUGGAACACAGCUGAAGAGAUCGAAAUGGACAACAUACAGGAGAGGCUCUAGAUCUUCGCGAGCCACGGCUCAGUCGCUACACAAUCUGCCCAACUCUACACCCUUGGCAUCUCCAGAUCCUACUGAAUCAAAGACCCUUCAGAAUUCUCACAGCGCAAAGACUACCAAGGUGACUGCUCCAUCCUCUGCGACGGUAUCGUCCGAGGUCUUGCCUCAUGCUCCAUCAAAGGCACCGACAAGCUCUCUUCCUCCACUUCCUGUAGAGAAGAACUCACCACUACCUCCUUUACCCAAAGAGCAGGCCGUCCAGACAGCUACGCCCGUGAAAUCUCCUCCUCAAACUCCAGAAAAACCUAUUGAACAGAAAUCUAGCAGAAAGUCAAGCUGGACUUGGCUCAGCGGCAAUAAGGAAAAAAGAGAAAAAGAGCGGUCUCCUCCAAACCACUCACGCAACAGGCAUGGCACAGCUUCUGACGUGGUGUCGAUCCAGAAUGUAGAGUCUCCCUUCCCGUCACCUCCGCGUGAACCAGAAAAAGAGAAGAAAACCUUAAGUGGAUUUUUCAAGCUCAAGAAAGAUAAAUCCAAAGCGAUAGAGAAAGUGGCUCCACCAGAGACUCUCUCUGACUCGGACAACGAAAGUAUCACAGAGAAACGAAUACUGAAUAUGAGGAAGAAAAAAGAAGAGCCGAAGCCGGAGCCCGUUGUAGAACAACCACGUCCAGCGGUACAACAGCAUGCUCCGCAUCCUGCAGAACCCCCUCUUGAUGCGGUCUCUGAGACUAUCAAGCAAACGCUGAUGUCGCAAAGACGCAAUACGAAGCCCAACCAGCCUCUGCAGAUGACUGACUCUGCCUUUGGCUUUCCCCUGCCCCCUGUAUCUCCGUCUACAUUGGUGAUGCUGAACCACCGUUUUCCGAUACAUGUGGAGCGCGCUGUCUAUCGAUUGAGCCACCUCAAGCUUUCAGACCCAAAGAGGCCUCUCCGCCAACAGGUGUUGCUGAGUAACUUCAUGUAUGCGUACCUCAACUUGGUCAACCAUACUUUAUUCUUGCAACAGCAGGAGGAAACAUACGCCCAACCUGUGGAGGAGGAACAUUUCGUGGAGCCAGUUGAGGAAUACGCUUUUCACGACGUUUACGGGGGUUAUGCUGAGGUCGCUUAUGAACAUUGA